AUGAUGGCCUACCUUUGCAGCAUCAACAGCAGCGACCGCAGCAGUCAAUGGAUUGACAUCAUCAUCAUCAUCAUCAUCAUCAGAGUCGCAAUAUCAUUCUCUCUUUUUCUUUCUGGUACCCACUUCGGACGUCGUCAUUACAGUCACUGUCACGACGAUGACAAUGACGUCCGCACAAAUAAUAGCGACGACUAUGUCCAAAUCUAUCUCACUCUGUUCAUAUUUUUAUUUCUAUCUCUCUGUUUAUCUUCCCUCUCUCUCUCUGUCUGUCUAACGUUACUCAUAUCUAUCUAUCUAUCUAUCUAUCUAUCUAUCUAUCUAUCUCAGUCUAUUCAUAUCUAUCUCUCUAUUGUUGAUUCCUAUCUACAAUCUAUAUAUCUAUCUAUCUAUCUAUCUAUCUAUGCCUGCUCAUCUAUAUAUCUGUCUCAACCUGCCUCAUUCUAUCUAUCUAGACAGCUAGCUAUCUCUACCUGCUCCCAUCUAUCUAUCUAUCUAUCUAUCUAUCUAUCUAUCUAUCUAUGCAUUUGUGUGUGUAUUCACAUCUCUGAAGAUGUUUAUUAUAUAGUUGUGUGCGCGUGUAUCCAUGUCGUUUAA